CGCGACAGGAAGUGAUGCUUCUGGAGCCGGUUUGGCAUCAGGUGUGGGAAACACCUGACAUAUCGCUUCACAAAGUGUAUUAAAAUAACUUUAACUGGAUUUUCAGUAUUAGGUAAGCAUUGCUGUAUGAUUACGCAUUUACCCAUCUUUGGAAUUAAUGUCCUAAAACUUUUUUUAUACAUAACGUAAAACGUCACUUGUUGUCAAACAGUCCUCUGUUUAAUGUAGCAGACAACAAAAACUGUCGUGUAAGUAAUUAAAAGACGCUUAUCUCCUUGUCACGUGCGAACUUUUCUCUCUAAAACCCCUCCCGUCCCUUGGUAUACCGCUGGCUGAUAACCGUGCAGCGCGCGGCGCGAGCGCAACUGCCAACUCAGUCCCCUCUCGGAUGUCGUGCGGAGUGGACGUACUGCCGUCCAUAACUUCGAUAAUUCCAAAAAUCUCAGUGAUGUGAUACCAUGAACGUGAAUUGUGCAAGUGGAUGAGUGCCCGAGAAUUUCAGUUUUAUUUCAUGUGAGCAAUCAAGGCACUCUGCCUAUGCCCGGAUCUUGCCGAUACCGUUGUGUCGCGCUCCGAUGAUUCGGUUAAUAACUUGUGGAUCUACAGUGACUGUGUAAUAGUGGCUUUGCUAAGAUUUAGCGCCGUGGAAAGUUCACUUACCUUGGACGGCUAACAAACGAUAAUUAAAGCGUAACUGUGAUAUGAUACUGUGAAUAUAAUGGUAUAUUGCAUCUAGUUGAAUAAGUGUAUGACAUGCAUUUUGAUUGAUGAUGGAAAGGAAACUUACUCGCGAAGACUUCAUGCGGAAAAGCUUCCGCGCUCCCAGGGUGUCGCCGGCGCCCGACAAUCCAGAACCCUCCGUGAAUGGGGCGCCGCCGCCCUCACCCGUAUCUCUCGCUAUGUUGGAAAGAAUCCCUCCCCAAAGGACACAGUAUGAAUUCACAUCGGCAGGUAUCGCUCCCAAGCGACUCGAAAUCAGUAGAGCACACCCGAUUCAUCUGAAAUCAUUCCAAGCUCCCGAACCGCCUGAUGAAAACGCACCGACUCCGCCUUCCGACGAAGUCCUGCGUAAAUUAGAGAGACAAAUCGGUGAAAUGGAACGUGGCUUAGAGAGAGCUCAAAAUGGGAAUGUGGCAGUCGAUGAGAGAGUCCGAUACGCCGAACACGAGAAUCUUUUGCGUACUGGAGUGUCCUCCGUUGGUGGUGGUGGUUACUUAGCAGUAGAUUCUGACACAGAACAUGACGUGGCACCGUUUAAUAGAAACGAGAGUACGAGAAGUAGCACUGGAGGUGCGACUCCGGUGCCCCGUCCGGCCACCAGACUGGCGAGAACCAAUUCAGAUACGCAACAGCAUUCGGUGGCUGCUACUGCAAGACUGAUGAGGAAACUCGCCGAUGGUGGUACUAAAGAUGAGAAAGUCAAAAUUAUUUCGCGGAAGGCGUUGCAUGCUCAGAUGGAACGUGUGAAGAACUCUGUUGUUGGGUCCAAGAAUGAGCACAGAGUGCUCGCGGAACACAGGGCUGAUCCGCCUUCAUCGAGGACUCCCACAUCACCAGUAUCUCCUAGAUCUUCAAGCCAGGUGAAGUCGUCGUCGACCAAGAUGGGCGGCGGCGGCGGGGGCUCCGCGGAGGGCGGCGGCACGCGCGUCUCCCGCUCGCGCGCCUCCGAGGAACCGCACAUUGGGAAGUACAAGUUACUGAAGACCAUCGGCAAGGGCAACUUCGCCAAGGUGAAACUGGCGAAGCACGUACCCACCGGCAAGGAGGUGGCCAUCAAGAUCAUCGACAAGACCCAGCUCAAUCCGGGCUCGCUGCAGAAGUUGUUCCGAGAGGUGCGGAUAAUGAAGAUGCUCGACCACCCGAACAUAGUGAAGCUGUUCCAGGUCAUAGAGACGGAGAAAACUCUGUAUCUCGUCAUGGAGUACGCUUCCGGAGGGGAGGUUUUCGACUAUCUAGUUCUGCACGGGCGCAUGAAGGAAAAAGAGGCGCGAGCCAAAUUCAGGCAAAUUGUGUCCGCGGUGCAAUAUUGUCACCAGAAACGGAUUAUACACAGGGAUCUCAAGGCGGAGAACUUACUCCUCGAUGGGGAGAUGAACAUAAAGAUCGCGGAUUUCGGUUUCUCUAACGAGUUCACGCCGGGCGCAAAACUGGACACUUUCUGCGGCAGCCCGCCCUACGCCGCGCCGGAACUGUUUCAAGGCAAAAAGUACGACGGUCCCGAGGUGGACGUUUGGUCGUUGGGCGUGAUCCUGUACACUUUGGUCUCGGGUUCGCUUCCCUUCGACGGCUCCACGCUCAGGGAACUAAGGGAACGGGUGUUACGUGGGAAAUACAGAAUACCCUUCUACAUGUCGACCGACUGCGAGAAUUUACUCAAAAAAUUCCUCGUACUGAAUCCAGCGAAGAGAGCAUCUCUCGAAAGCAUUAUGAGGGACAAAUGGAUGAACACUGGCUACGAAGAAGACGAACUACGGCCAUAUGUCGAGCCCCAACAGGACUAUAAGGACCACAAACGGAUAGAGGCGCUGGUGUGCUUGGGUUACAAUCGGCAAGAGAUCGAAUACUCUCUGGCGGAGGCGAAGUACGAUGACGUAUUCGCCACGUACCUACUGCUCGGAAGAAAAAGUACAGACCCGGAGUCAGACGGCAGCCGGUCGGGGUCGUCUCUCUCAUUACGGACCGCCGCCGCCCCGCCCGCCGCUCAACCGCAGCCCGCGCAAACCGUCGGUACGACGACUAGUGCGUCGAACAACACGACGGCCACAUCCACCACAACGACGACAAAUUUUAAGAGACAGAACACAAUUGACUCAGCAUCCAUAAAGGAAAACACAGCACGGAUCGCACAAAUGCAGGUGGCGAGUUCGACGCGGCCAACGAGUGCUCAACCCAAGCUAGAAGCGAGGUCUCGCACUUUGACCGGGGGCCGGGCUCCCACGCAUCACGCGCCCAAACCUGAGCCCGCGCACGAUUCACCUGCCUUGAACUCUGCGAUCACGACUGGCACGAACGCAGGGAGCGGCGCGCGCCGGGAGUUCCCGAACAACAACCCACUAGUGUUCCCGAGAAAUGUGCCCUCCCGGUCUACUUUCCACUCAGGCCAGACGCGGUCGCGGGGCGCUUCGGCGGGAGGUGCGUACGGUGACGGAGGCUCCCCGCACCAGGCGAGGCCUUCGUUCUUCUCCAAACUGUCCUCGAGGUUCUCCAAACGGCCAUUGGACGGCUCGACCCCGAAGCAUGCAGUAGGAGCUAGCCCACAAGCCAUGCUUGGGCAAGGUAAUGAAGAGCAGGUGAAGCCAAGAGUUCUUCGGUUCACGUGGAGUAUGAAAACCACCUCGUCCAGGGACCCUAAUGAGAUCAUGGCUGAGAUACGCAAGGUGCUAGACGCGAACAAUUGCGACUACGAGCAACGGGAGAGAUUCCUCCUUCUAUGCGUGCACGGUGACCCUAAUGCAGACUCGCUGGUUCAGUGGGAGAUUGAAGUUUGCAAGCUGCCUAGACUGUCGCUGAACGGCGUGCGAUUCAAGAGGAUAUCCGGCACAAGCAUCGGCUUCAAGAACAUUGCGUCCAAGAUCGCGAACGAGCUCAAACUGUGACUGCCCGGGAACGCCCCGCGCCGGCGCCGUCGCCGACGCACCUCCCCCACCCCUCCCCUCCUCCCCCAGCCUACCUUGUCCCCGCCCUCCCCUCCCUCCUCCAGCGACGAGUCCCCUAACCGCCCCACUCUACCCCUGCCACCCCCUCCACCCCCUAGAACGGACUCUUUACGCCUAUCAGCCGAAGAUAUGGUCUUCGUAGCGAAUGGAGGAAUGACCACCCCUUCGGGCGCUUUAGCGCACUUCCUAGCAGCUUAUACCCCAGCAGAGUUAUCUUUAGCCAGAAGCGAUUACUUAAGACCCCCACCCUCGCCGAGAACUCAAUUCUUACCGACCCCCCAACCCAGGUCUUCAUUGUCUCUGAGAACGGAAAGCGUAGAUGUGGAUAGGUCAAGAACGCUUCUAAGACCCAAAAUGCAACACCAGUCUUAUUCGUACAGCGUUCAUACUUUGAGGAGACAACCUAGGACUCGUUCGCCCCCUUGCGAUUGCUUACCCACAGAUCCUAUUCCACCGCCCGAGUUGUUUGACUUUUGAAUUUCCUGCGCGGAAUGAAACGCUUGGUGGUUAACUAAAUUCAAUUUUUGAAUAUCCUCUCCUCUGUACUUGAAGCCUUGAUGAAUUUGUUUUAACUUGUAGGCUAUGAAAUUUUGAAUUUCAUUCCAUGGAGUUUUGGCAAAUGUGUAAAACGGAUUUUUUCGAAGAUGGAAUGAUGUACAGCUUUUUACGAUAAACGUGAAAAAAUAAAUACGAAAAAAAAAUUAUUUAUCGGAAUCAAAAAUGUUUUAAAUGUGAUUCAAGUUGCACAUCAUUCGACUUAUAAAUGAUAUAAAAUUGAUAGAUUUGCGGUUUCGCUCGCGUCCUUUGCCAUCUGCGACGUGUAUUUCUAAAGAAAUGAGCUAGUGAAUGUACCUAGAAACAGUGACUUAAGAUGUUUAAUUUAUAGUAUCGAUAGAAUAGUGUUGGACAAUCAAGGAUGGUUUCAAUGUGCCAAUUGAAAACGUAUGAUGAGGACUAGAUAUGUGUUUAUACACUGAAUGUGACCACGAUCGGUGAUGAAACCGAUUUUUUUGUAAUGUUUUAAAACAAAAAAUAUAAGUACUUGUAAACUGAAUUCGAUUAUUUAAAGGUUUAAAUGUGAAUCCUGUCUCAAUUUACGCCACUUGUAAUAUAAUUUUACUCGAUACGAUGGAUUUUUUAAUAUCUUUUUUCCCCUGUAGAUAAGUCGGCCGACGGACGACAAGCGCGCAGUUUGUUAGUUCCGAUCAACGUGUUUUUUUAAUUGUUUUUAAUUUAUAUUUACGGUUGUUUCGAGAAUUUUCGAAUGUUAGGAAAUUGUUUAUUUUCUUCUUUUUUUUUAACUUUUUGAAAGACAUUUUAUUCGCUCGCGUGUCGUUCGUCCGUCUGUUCGUGCUAUGCUUACCUAUCGCGUACACUACGUAUUUUUAAUCAUAUUGUAAUAAUGUACAAAGUGAGUUCGCGCUCAAUAAUACAAUUUAGCGUUAGUAAAUUAAUUAUAUUUUUUUCCAAUUGUAAUGACAAAUAUAAAUAUACUUACUACUUACAAAAAAAGUAAACAAUAUGGCUGUCGUCGAAUAGCGAUAUAAAUGUUCAUAAUAUAUCGAUUUAAUUACGUCACUGUAAGUCAGUAUAAUGCCACCAGUUUAUGUUGUUUGAUCCAGAUAUGAGGGCUCUUUAGAGACACGUAUUAACAUAAAAUGGUUGUAUAAUCUCGCGAUCGCCCACUGCGGUUGUCUCUUUCUAAUUGUAAGGCUGAAAUUAGAAAGUGUCAAAGUAAUGUCUUUUCCAAUUACUGUAACUUUACACAAAUCUAGAUGCAUCGUAGGUUUAAAAAAUAACCAUCACUAACUGGAAGAAAUUUAGACGUUUACUGUAUAUGUGAUGAAAGUAUUAUGGACUCUGUAGUUAUAGCAAUAAUGUUCAUUGUUCAUCGUGUCAAAUUGUAUGUCUCUAUUUUUGAUUUGGGUUCCUUUACGAACGCAUUCUCAGCCUGCGGUUUGGUCAUUAACAAUUUUCGGUUUUUCGUGAUUUGGUGUGAUUUGCUUUCUCGAUUUUUCUAUUCGUGUGUGAUGUUUCGCAUACUUACUAGGUGAUAAAUAAAUAUUAUACUUAAAAAAAAAUAGUUUGUAUGUAUGCAUGUACGUGUAAGCUGUGCGGCGAUCGCGUCUCCUUUUCUAUAAUAUAAUUAAGUGUAGUGUUAUUAUACUUUUACAUAAAAUCACAAACCUGACAUCUCGUUGCGUUCAAAUAAAAUCCGCCGCCGCCAUUUUGACGAUUCAAUGCAUGUCUUCGCAAUACAAGGUAUUAUUGACUGAGAAAUCGGUUUAGCGAUAUCGAUAAUAUUGUACUAUUAUUAAUCAUCACUUCACUAGUUGGGACUUUUCUAAAUGAUGUUAAUCGUAAUAGUGUGGUGAGGCAAGGGAGUUUUUGUAAAUGUUUAUUGUUAAAAAUGUAUAAUAAUUAUAACUAUAACUAUUAUAAUGAAACUCGUAAAAAUAAAGAUAUCUUGUCCUUGUAAUUUAAACGUGAGAUGCAUUGUAAUUAUUGUCUUUCAAUGUGUUUUCUUUUUCAAUUAUGAACUUAGAACUAAAAUAAAUCGUUUAAAGUACUUAGACUUAAUUUUUCAUGUUUAUAUAGUUGUUACUUAGAUAUCUCCUUCGUGAAAUGAAAUGAAGUUUUGGCGCCAAUCAAUGUAACUCGCAAUAAUAAUAUAACAACGCCUUACGCGAAUCGUGUUACUUUAUAAUAUAUUUAAACUAAAUUUUAUCAUAUAAAACAAAAUGCAUUCUGUGCACCUGCUUAAGUACCAGUGAUAACAAUUUAUUAAAUAGACGAAGCAGGAUAGACUAUACAAAAGUUAAAAAUCAAGAGCUUUUUUUAUCUCACACACAAUUUUUGGUGUUAGUUAAAAUGGCGCGUAACUCCAAUGAAAUGGCGUCUUUAGAGUGUGUCCUAAUAUAGCAUGGUAAACGUGCGCGGCAAUAUAUCAUGUGAUAAUUAUCCAAUCAGAGCGUUGCUGCUGCUCGGAAACUGUGCUCUGAUUGGUCAAUUUUCGCAUUGUGUAACUGCGCGUAUUUUCCUUGCUUUAUUUGUACACAGCUUUACAAAAUGGCGGCGCGGUUCACCCCCCGGGUACAUAAUACUGUUUACAUACUGUAGUUAUAUAUUUAUAUAUAUAUGAGCUUUGUUUUACGAUAUAAUUUAGUGUAGAGCCGUUGCUCGAGUGCGCUCGGGUUCGGCGAGUGGUACGCCCUUUUGUGAGAUAUUCAAAUGGAAAUAAAUUUUAUUUUUAAUUCCAGUAAAGUAUUUUUUCUUAUUUCUUUACGUACAGAUCUUAAACUUACAGAAGCCCAAGCACAAUUUUUUGACAGCUCCAUAACUUAUCGUUAUUGUUAAAUUUUAUGUGGAAAAAGCUAGUUUUUUGUUACGUCCGAUAGGCGGCACUGCUUAGUUUUCAUAGAAACUUUUUCGCAAUUUGAAGCUUUGUUUGCUUUAAAAAUAGAUAAAUUAUAGAUUUAUUUUAUAUUGAAUGUGAUAUAUAUUCUGUGGGAAACUGACAUGCCAUUGUUGUCAUUUAAGUGCUUGGAAACUAUGAGUUUGGGAUCAAAUAGACAAAACCUUUAAUAAUAUUUUAUAAUCAAGUCUUUAUUAAUAAAAAUAAAACAACAACAAUAACUUUUUAUCUAAAACUCUUCUAAGAAUAAACAACUAGAAUAAUUUAAUACUUGAGUAUUGUAGAGACUUAUGAAAUAAAUCUUUGACUAUCAUUAAAUUCUGCCUUAUUAAUAUUUAAUCAAUGGGUUUCGUAUCGUCUUACCAAGUAGGUAUAACUAUUUGACAUUUUUAUCAUCACACUUUUCUUAACACACUUAUUUCAAAUACUAUUUUACAAUCAGGCCCCAAUGGUCUAAUUUCAACUACUAUCAUAAUACGUUUCAGGUUCGUUCCGACAUUAGAAAGGUACAAACUUCGACUAAGUACAAAUUAAACUUAGGAAAAAUGGGAAUCGUGGUUGAGAUACUAAUUAUUUUCAAAAUCCUAUUGACAGUAUGAAAAAUAAAGCACCAAUAGGGUAUUUGACAGUAUUAAAAAUA